CCGGCCUUCGAGAAGCUGGAACCGGAACGGACGCAGAGAGUUUUGUGUUGUUGCUCCAAGUUUUACCCAUUGAUCGACCGAGGCUGCGCGCGCGCCAAAUAUCGCUGUGCGGGUUUAUCUGGAGAAGGACCAACGAGAUAACCGAGGACGAAAGAAAGAUGGCACCGUGGAUCUUCCAGUAUGUGCAGGACAUGGUUUUCCCGCCGCUCUUUAUGGGCGUGAGCAUUUCCUAUUUCGCCGCCACCCUCCUGAGCAACCCCCUGCUCCCGCUCCGCGACCUGCACGCCUUCAAGGAAAAGGCGUUCGCGCGGCUCUGGCUCAAGUACGGGCCCAUGUACGCUGACCAGAUCCCCGCGGCCCUCCCGGGCCUGGUGGCGCAGUGCCGCGGGCUGGUGCUCGACGUCGGGCCCGGCUCGGGCGAGCAGGUCAAGCGCUUCACGCACCCGGAGGGCAUCACGGCCAUCUACGGCGUCGAGCCGGGCGUCAGCAUGCACGCGCAGCUGCGGGCCAAGGCCGCGCAGGCCGGGCUCGCGGGCAAGUACCACGUCCUGGCGGCCACGGCGGACCUGGACGCCAUCCUCCCGCAGCUGCUCCAGGCCGGGCUGGUGCAGCGCGACCGCACCGCCGCGGCGGACCUGCAGCUCUUCGACGAGGUCGUCUGCGUGCGCGUCCUGUGCGGCGUGCCCGACCAGGCCGCCACCGUCGCGGACCUGUACGCCCUGCUCAAGCCCGGCGGCCGCUUCGUCGUCUGCGAGCACGUCCUCAACACCCGCCACUGGCCCGCCCGCCUCGCCCAGCGCCUGUACAUGUUCCUGGGCUGGAAGCAGUUGAUGGGCGGCUGCUGCCUGACCAGGACCACCGUCGACACCCUCCUGCAGGUCGCAAACGCCCGCGACGGCGGCUGGGCCGAGGUCAACCUGACCGCGGACGACGAGUACACCCCCGCGAUGCACGUCACGGGCGUCUUGAUCAAGAAGAAGAAGAAGUAGUAGUCGUGGUGGCCGAAAGCAGACGACGGGGAGUUUCCAAGUAUGUAGUAUGUAGGUAGAUGCGCCGUCCGCGACCCCGGCCGAACGAUAGGGCCUGUUCCUUGGUCUAAAACUGGGACCGACGAAAAGUGAUCAACAGAAGGAGGAUUGUUC